AUGGAAACCGUAGUGCAACACUUUCAACAUACUGGAGAACAUGUUAGUGGUUUUGUCAAAUACGUAUCAUCCUCAUCAAAUAACGGUGAGAAACGUCAAAGUUUGAUGGAAUCGACCCUCAAUGCAUCUUUAGUUAAUGGUCCUCACACUCUCGAGAGGAUAGACAUAGAUCCUAGAGAUUUCAACACCCCUGACAAUUGGAUUCCUCGUCAUCAAUAUUUUAUUACCCCUACACCAUUGCACUAUGUGAGGAAUCAUGGAUCGGUACCUAAACUUCAUUGGGAUACACAUCGUCUGGUUGUUGACGG